UCCGGCCUCUGCUGCUUCCCAGCCUCCUUCCUGCCUUGGCUUCAUGCCGGGACUCGCCUUCCCCGCAGCCCCAGCCCCGGCUGCUCUCCUCCUGCUCCUUCUCGCCGGCCAUGAGCGCCCCGGGAGCCCUGGCCGAGAUGCCUAGACAGUUCUCCAAGCUGAAAAUUUCUGAGGUUGAUGAGUCAGUGAGACUUCUAGCUGAAAAAGUUUUUGCCAAAGUUCUUCGGGAAGAAGACAGCAAAGAUGCCUUAUCACUAUUUACUGUGCCUGAGGACUGCCCCAUUGGGCAAAAGGAGGCAAAAGAGAGAGAGCUGCAGAAAGAGUUGGCAGAACAACAGUCUUUGGAAACAGCUAAAAGGAAGAAAAGUUUCAAGAUGAUUCGAUCCCAGUCCUUGUCAUUACAAAUUCCACCGCAGGAAUGGAAACCUCCAUCAGCCACUCCAGCUGUGUCUCCUCCUACUCCAGUUCUUCCAGGUGCUCUUCAGCCCACCCAAGGGACGUAUGAUGUGCCAGAAUUUCAAAGAGUUGCAAUAAGUGGGGAUUACUGUGCUGGGGUUAGUGUUGAUGAUUAUGAACAGGCUGCCAGGAAUUUAGCAAAAGCUCUGCUUAUUCGGGAACAAUAUUGCCGCCUUGCGUACCACCGCUUUCCAAGAACCACAGCACGAUAUUUAUGCACAAUGCAAGAUGAAAAAUGGAAAAUUGAAGAUGAGGUACUCCCAGAUUUCCAUCCACCACCCAAAGAACUGCAAGAUCCUUAUAAUCUUGAUGAUUCUCCAGGAAAUUUGGAUUAUGUUGUAAAAAUGAAGGAAGGCAUUUUCUUACUUUAUGAGAACAAAGAAAUGAUGGAACUUGAUGAGCCCCGGAGUUUGCCUUAUCCUGAUCUCCAGACAUAUACUCUCAGCCUCAGUCAUGUGCUGGCUCUCAUUGCAGAUGGUCCAACGAAAACAUACUGCCACAAGCGGCUGAACUUUCUAGAAUCUAAAUUUGGUUUACAUGAGAUGUUAAAUGAAAUGUCUGAACUUAAAGAACUGAAGAGUAACCCCCAUCGGGAUUUUUACAAUGUGAGAAAGAUUGAUACUCAUAUCCAUGCUGCUGCCUGUAUGAAUCAGAAACAUUUGCUGAGGUUUAUUAAACACACUUACCAAACUGAGCCCAACAGGAUAGUAGGCGAGAGAAAAGGCAAGAAGAUGACUUUGAAACAGGUGUUUGAAAGUCUCCACAUGGAUCCCUAUGACCUCACUGUAGAUUCGUUAGAUGUUCAUGCAGAUCGCCAGACAUUUCAUCGAUUUGAUAAAUUUAACGCCAAAUACAAUCCAGUUGGUGCAAGUGAGCUGAGAGACUUGUAUUUGAAAACAGAGAACUAUCUUGGUGGUGAAUACUUUGCCCGUAUGGUGAAGGAAGUUGCCCGUGAAUUAGAAGAAAGUAAAUAUCAGUACACAGAACCCCGGCUGUCUAUUUAUGGACGUUCUCCAGACGAAUGGCAAAAUUUGGCUAAAUGGUUUAUUAGACACAAAGUUUAUUCACCUCAUAUGCGCUGGAUGAUUCAGGUCCCUAGAAUCUAUGAUAUAUUUAGGUCAAAAAAUCUGCUGCCAAGUUUUGGGAAAAUGCUGGAAAAUAUCUUCUUACCCCUGUUUGAGGCAACUAUCAACCCCUUGGAUCAUAAAGAGCUCCAUCUUUUCCUGAAAUAUGUAACUGGGUUUGAUAGUGUGGAUGAUGAAUCCAAACAUAGUGACCAUAUGUUUUCUAACAAGAGCCCCAGCCCUGAUAUUUGGACUAGUGAAACUAAUCCUCCAUAUAGUUAUUACCUGUAUUACAUGUACGCAAACAUCAUGGUUCUCAACAAUCUUAGAAAGGAGAGAGGUAUGAGCACUUUUCUGUUUCGGCCUCAUUGUGGAGAAGCUGGAUCAAUCACUCACUUGGUAUCAGCCUUUCUAACGGCAGACAAUAUUUCUCAUGGAUUGCUCUUGAAGAAGAGUCCAGUUCUCCAGUAUCUUUAUUAUCUUGCACAAAUCCCCAUUGCCAUGUCCCCUCUUAGCAACAACAGCCUAUUCCUGGAGUAUUCCAAAAACCCGCUACGAGAAUUUCUACAUAAGGGACUCGUUGUUUCUCUCUCAACAGAUGAUCCUAUGCAGUUCCACUAUACAAAGGAAGCACUGAUGGAAGAAUAUGCCAUAGCAGCUCAAGUAUGGAAACUGAGCACUUGUGACCUGUGUGAAAUAGCAAGGAACAGUGUUCUGCAAAGUGGUUUGUCACAUAAGGAAAAGCAGAAAUGUUUAGGAGUAAAUUAUUGCAGUGAAGGGCCUGAAGGAAAUGACAUUCGGAAGACAAAUGUUGCACAGAUUCGAAUGGCUUACAGAUAUGAGACCUUAUGUAACGAGCUGAGUUUCCUGUCUGAUGCGAUGAAAACAGAAGAGAUCACUGCACUGUCAAAAUAGUCACAGCUACAAAAUCAAGUUAAUUUUGCACAGCUGCCAGGACAGAAACAUACAAGCACAAGGGAAAACUUGAGCUUUUGCAGCAUGGAAAGUUGUUUGGUAUACAGUACGAUUGAUGUUGCAUCAGACUUUUAGCAAAGCCAGUUUUUGCAAGAGCUUGACUUAGGUAAUACUGCUGUAUAUAUACAGAUGCAAGCUCACAAUUAUGUUCUUUAUGGUGCAUUUGCAGUUAGAAGUGCAUUCUAACUCUAGUCAUAAAUAUUUAUAGGGUUUACAUCUAGGAUACAUAGAUAGCAUUCUGUUUUGAAAUAAGUAGUGUUGGGAAUAAGCUUUUGGUAGCAUACAUGCACCUCUAUUGCUAUGCUUAGUAGCAGGCAAAGAUCUAAGGCACUUUAAACUGUAACCUCUGGUUAGAUUCCAGAUCAGUGGCUGUACACUGUACUGUAGUGUCCCCAUUUCAUUUAUGGAGAAUAUUUAGGAAAAACUACAAUUCAUUUUGACCAAAGAGCUGCUUGUUUUUUUUUCCUGGUUGCACACUACAGUAAAGGAAAAAUUAUUCAGCAGUAUACUUUGACUGUGUUUUGAAUCCCCUCUCCUCAGUUUCAUCACAGUAAUUUCACUAGAAUUCAUUUUGUAGCACUGUGCUAUCUUUUAUAAAAUUUUUGGUGAAUGCUUGCUAUUAUCAUCCAAUUGUGCUGAUCCACUGUUGUUUUGUGGUAUUGUGCUGGGUUGGGCAUUGGGACAGUCACAUCACUGCCAUGGUAACAAGCCUUAGGAUCUACAGUAUAUGCGAACUGCAUUUUCAGUGUGCAACCUUGAAAAUGAGCACAUUUUUUCCACAUACUUUUCCUGCGUGCUGUGAAGUUCCAGGAGAACUUUCUUUACGAGUACUGAAGACCUGUGAUAUUCUUGUAACAUCUGUUUGUUUACAAAUAUAUUGAUUGAGCUGGGUUUUGUUGAAGAUGCAGGCAGGCCCAACUUCUUUCUGCUCAGUCAGUCCCCCAGGGACUAAUAUUCCUACUUAGUCUUGCUUGGCCACAUGCUCAUCAAGGGCUAAGCCAUACCACAGCUAAAGAUGUACUUGGAUAGAAUGUAUGGCCCAUUCUGUUGUUUUGUGCAUUCAAAUUCUUUCUGAUUCAAAUUCGGAACCUAAGAUGAAUCUACUGUGAAAUUUUCUAUGGCAAGAUUUGUUCAUAGGGGAUUUGCCAUUGCCUUCCUCUGAGGUGGUGAAAGUGUAUUUUGGCCAAAGUCACCCAGUGGGUUUCCAUAGCCAAGUGUGGGUUUGAAUCCUGGUCUCCUUGAAUCUUUGAAUAUAUGAUAAAAUGUUGUGACUCACUGCAAAAGAUGAUACUGCAUGGCAAAGUGGAAGGCAGUCAGAAAAGAGGAAGACUGUGUUACAGGUAGAUUGAUUCAGUCAAGGAAGCCAUGGCUCUAAGUUUUCAAAAUCUGACUGGGGCAAUUGCUGACCAGGGAUCCUUGAGGUACCUCAUUCAUAACAUCACCAUAAGUCAGAGUCAACUUGACAGCAUAUAACAAGUCCUGGAGUCCUGUUCCAAAACUAAACAAUGUAUCAUGGUGGCAUUCUGUGAUUCCUAACAAUAGUAUUAAUGAGUAUGUAAGCAAAUUAGAAACGAACGUCCCUUUCCAGCAUUGAAACAAAAUCAUUAAAACAUCGUAACUACUUUUACUUGCUUAGUUAUAAUAAAUCUAUGUGAUUGUUAUGGCAUAAAAACCAAAACAACCAGAAUUCAAGAUCCAAAUAGAUUAAAAAUCAGUUAUACUAUAUGUAUUUUGUCCACUAAACUAAAUUAUUAUAAAUUUAUUAUAAAUUAUAAGCUAAAUAUUAUGUCCUACCCCAAUGAGUAUCUUGGUUUGAUGCUCUGAAUUUGCUUUCUUCACAAGCUUAAAGCCCAAGGACAAUCUUUAAUCAUAUCUCCUGUUGGCAUAUGAGAUUGUUCAUACAAAACACAUUUCUGUUCCCUGUAACCAAAAUGCUUACAUUCUUGAGCCACCAUGAGUCUCAGCUUUGUUGGAAAGGAGGAGUAAAGUAAACCAAUAUAAUACAAUUAUGACAGUUUUUCAUUUCCUCACCAAACUACUUGAUAUAAAUAAUUCUGCUCUUGGUUAGAAACAGCACAGUAGUCUAGAACCUUGUACAGCUUCUGUGUGCAUCAAUAUGUCAUUGUUCUGUUUAUUGUUUUAAGUACCACUUACCUAGCAUUUGUAAGGUACUUAAAAUAAAAAUAUAAUGGUAGCAACUGGCUAUGGUUUGACAAGGUCCCACUAGAUGAAUUGUUCAGGGGUUAAUCAGCACAUAGGAAAAUCCCAUUGAUACAAUCUUCUACUCCAUUUGGGGCCAACAGCAUUCAGAUUAGUUUCCACUCCUUGUAUUGCUUCUGAUCUAGUCACUUUGGUGUUUGUGUGCAUAUGCUCUGGAAAAUAUUUUGCACAAUGGUACGUAUAAUUGUGUGUUACCCCUGAUUGUUAAAAUAAUCUGAUUCUAAUCUAUUUUUUUUUAUUUCAACCCAAAGACAGUUUAGUCACAAAUUCAGUUCUCCUAAUCCAAUGAAAGCCAUACAUGGAAACAGCUUCUGUAUAAUCUUGUUUGCAGAAUCAGGAGUUGUAUCCACUGAAAGUGUCUGUGAAGAUAGUUCCCAAAUAUGGAUCCUUAUAUUUAUUUUCUUCAGAUUUUUGGUGACUAUGUUAAUAUUGUCAGCUUUGACAGUGCCAGUCACCUUUUGCAGUGGGGUAGAAAAAAUAAGUUGUAAAGUAAGUUCUUUUCUUUCUUGGGUGAUUAGAUCACUGUCAAUUUAGAUGGUGAUAAAUCCAAUUGUUAGUCCCAAUCAUAAUACACCUACUCAGUAAAUAAAAUUUACACAACUACUGACUUCCCAUGGUUCCAUUCAGUUCAUCUACUCUAGGCCAGUGUCUGUUGUCUUUUAGGUGUGUUCUGUAGGUGUUCCACAGUCUUUGGAUCAAGAUGAAUGUGCAUGGGAAACAAUUACUAGUUGCAAGCACAACAUUAUCUGAAAGCUGUUUCUUUGUCCCCCCCCCUUUAAAUCAACAUAUUUGUAUCUUGACUGAGCCAAUGACAAAAGGAGAUUUGCUCCCAUUAAGCAUCUGUUCUUGCUGUUCUGCAUCUAUCACAUUCUGUCAAAAAAGAAUGGUAAUUUUAAAAUUCUUGUCUUGCCCCAUUGGUUUAAGCUAUUAAGGCUAGAUAGUUUAACCAUGUUAUACAGAAAAAACAAACAAUUAGAAUGAAUUUCUCUCACAUCUUAUGAAUUUGCUGUAUGCUAUGCGAAAACUUUAUUAUGUAAUUGAAAGAAAGUAAUCACCAAAAAAUCCAUCUCAACUCUUACAAGUUUCCCAUAGUCCUUUGAGGUUGUGUAUUUUAUACUGAUGAUCUGAUGUGUUUAUGAAAUGUAAUAUUUUAUAAUUUCUCCAGUUCUCUGAGUUAACCUUGUCAGAUCCUAGCCAUUCUGCCUUCAGUGGAGCUGGCUGAGCAAAAACAGCCUCGCCCCCCUUCAUAACUUGGAUUCAAUUUUUGGUUUUGCAAAAGUUUGUUAGAAACUGUAAAAAUAAAUCUAAGUUCUCAAAGGGUAUCUUGUAACCAAGUGUUUUUGAUUUGUUAUUCUCCUUAAAAUUACCUUAUGUAUCUGUUAUGGUUUCUAUGAUAUUUUUACUAAUUACUGUACUUCAAUUUUUAUUGAGAAACCUGAGGUGUAGAACGUUAUCCUAUCUAUGUCUACUCACCAGUAAGCCUCAUUGACAGUUAAUUGUAUUACACAAGAUGACACCAAAAGGUUGCCAGUAAACGUUGGAAGGGAUUGGAUUGGUCCCUGAAAAGUAAUAGACUGUGUAGCAGUCCUCCCCCCCCCCCCCCAAUCUAACAAGCUUUAAUAAAGGACACGUCAGGCACAGAGAGUGGACUGUUUUUCAUAUUUCUGAGUUCUGUUUUUCUUCCUCAGUCCUAUUUUUAGAUAAAACUCAGGACUGUAUAUGGGGUAAUUUAGGCAGGAACCUUAAGCAUAUUUAUGCCUGUGUAAACUUGCUUUGAAUUGCACUGCUAGAACUGAUUUCAGAUUUAUUUAUUUUUUUGUAAUUUAUGUUCUGAAAUAAAGAGAUGCCCAUCCCUUGGACAAUCAGUGAAGGCCAAGUAUUUUCUUGAUGAGAUACACCUUUUUGUUGUAGUUAGCUUUUGAUAGCCUGGGCUGUUUGGGAUGGUAGGUUAACUGUUAAAAUUUUACCACUUUUCGCUAAGUGUUGAUUCUGUAUGACAUUUUAAGGCAUUCUUUCUGUCUGAAGCCUUUGUGUGCUGGAAUGUGAAGCUAUACUCUUUCAUUCACUGGAUUUAUUUUAAAACACAGUUUAUCUUCUUUUUCAAUAAAGAAAAAAGGCUUCAGUUGAAUAUUUAUGUAUUUUGCUGUGUAAAGCAUUUAGAGGUAUGUACUAUACGGAAAGCUAUUAUAAAAUUAAAGUUACAUGAAAUACAUUAAA